AUGGCGGGUACUUUUGCUGGCAGUGGCCCGGCACAUGCCCAGUCCUCGCUGCCAUCGCUCCCCGCCCAUCUCCAGUCUGAUACCCACCUCACAGCUCAUCUCGCCAGUCGGUUUCACGUUGGCUUACCGACUGCCCGCUUGUCAUCUCAGGCCCUCAUUGCCCUGAACACAUAUUCCUCCGCUACCAAGGGCCCGGACGGUGGAAAAGAGGGGAGUGCUGCAGGCGAAGCGGAGGAUCUCGCCCGUCGUGCCUUCACUCGGCUGGGUGCUCGCGCUGAGAACCAGGCCAUUGUAUUUUUGGGAGAGAGUGGAUCCGGAAAGACGACUCUUCGCUCACAUUUGCUAUCUUCGUUCCUGUCCUUUUCAUCGACUCCGCUAUCCUCCAAACUCUCAUACGCCGCCUUCGUCUUUGACACCCUCACAACCACAAAAUCAGUCACUACACCUACGGCCUCAAAAGCAGGUCUCUUCCUCGAGCUGCAAUAUGACGGCUCAUCCUCCGUGAAUCCCACUUUGAUUGGUGGUAAGAUCAUUGACUACCGAUUGGAGCGAAGCCGCAUCUCUUCUGUACCUACGGGAGAGCGAAGUUUCCAUGCGUUGUACUAUCUGCUAGCGGGAACAAGCGCAGCAGAGAAGUCCCAUCUGGGACUUGACACGGCCAUUCAUGUCCAGACUGGGAAGUUAUCUGGCAGCAGUGUGAGCCAUAAGCGCUGGAGAUACCUCGGUCACCCAACACAGUUGAAGGUAGGAAUCAAUGACACGGAUGGAUUCCAGCACUUCAAAACUGCGCUGCGGAAGCUGGAGUUCUCGCGCGGUGAAAUCGCCGAGAUCUGUCAGAUUCUGGCUAGUAUCCUUCACAUCGGACAGUUGGAGUUCGCGACAGGUCAAUCGACUACCACCGGUGCGGAGGAAAGCGGUGGCUACUCCCACGAGGGUGGUGAGACAGUCACAGUGGUCAAGAACAAGGAUGUUCUUGACAAUGUCGCGGCUUUCCUGGGUCUCAGUGUUGCCGCUCUGGAGAACAGUCUGGGAUACCGGACCAAGACCAUUCACCGUGAGCGAGUCACGGUGAUGUUGGACCCCAAGGGCGCGCGAGAGAACGCCGAUGCAUUUGCACGCACUAUUUACUCUCUUCUUGUAACCCAUGUGAUUGAAACGGUUAACCAGAGGCUUUGCGCGGCCGAGGACAGUAUUGCCAACACGAUUUCGAUUGUCGACUUCCCCGGAUUCGCCCAGGCCCCGGCGACUGGCUCCACCCUGGAUCAACUUCUGAGCAACGCGGCAACCGAGUCGCUUUAUAACUACUGUCUUCAGUCAUUCUUCGACCAUAAAGCCGAUAUCUUGGACAGGGAGGAGAUCACAGUGGCUGCCACCAGCUAUUUCGACAACACGGAUACCGUGCGCGGUCUCCUGAAGCAUGGAAACGGCUUGUUGAGCAUUCUGGAUGACCAGACGAAGCGUGGACGCUCUGAUGCCCAAUUCAUCGAGAGCGUGCGCAAGCGCUUUGAGAACAAAAACCCCGCCAUUUCCGUUGGAAGCACGAGCGGAACGGGCUACAUGGCACAAUCCCGAAGCGCCUUCACCGUCAAGCAUUUCGCGGGUGAGAUCGAUUACUCCGUUACUGGAUUGAUCGAGGAGAAUGGCGAAGUCAUUUCUGGUGAUCUGAUGAACCUGAUGCGCUCUACUCGCAGUGACUUUGUGCGUGAGCUGUUCCACCAAGAGGCUCUUCAGACCAUCUCCCACCCACAAGAAAAGACUGCUAUUAUGCAGGCCCAGGUCAGCUCCAAGCCCCUACGGAUGCCCAGCAUGGCUAGACGCAAGCUUGGUGCUCCAUCUCGUUUUGCCGCCCCCUCUCAUGCCGAUAGUGAUGAGACGGAGGAGCAUGAGAGCCAAGUCGCGGGCUCCAAACGGGAGACUGGCCGAAAGAAUGGCAUGCUCUCUGGUCCCGCUCAGGGAGCCGCUGGCCAGUUUCUUUCUGGCUUGGAAGUCAUCAACAAGUGCUUGAGCUCCUCCAACCUCAACCCCUACUUUAUCAUCUGUCUCAAGCCUAAUGACCGCCGCAUUGCCAACCAGUUCGACAGCAAGUGUGUUAGGAUGCAGGUUCAAACAUUCGGCAUAGCCGAAAUCAGCUCGCGGCUGCGGAACGCCGAUUACAGUGUUUUCCUUCCUUUCGGAGAGUUCCUUGGCUUGGCUGAUAUCGGAAAUAUUGUCGUCGGCAGCGACAGAGAAAAGACCGAGGUCGUCCUCGACGAAAAGCGAUGGCCCGGCAAUGAAGCUCGGGCAGGUAGCACUGGUGUUUUCUUGAGUGAAAGAUGCUGGGCAGACAUCGCCAAGGUCGGCGAGCGUGUAUUCCCGACCUAUGGCACUGCCGGUGCCGAUAGCGACGGAUUCCAGACUUCUGGUGGAAACCCAGAUUCCAAGGUCCGACUUCUGAAUCCCAACGACCAAUCCCCUGGUGCCUUCAUCUAUGGAGACGAAGCUAAGCAUGGCUACUUUGGUAGCCGUGAACUCGAUGGACGCUCGGACGCUGGUGGCUCGGCCUUCAACUCUGGUGAUAUGUUCCACAAUCUCGAGACCAAGGAGCAAAUGCUCGAGAAGGGCAACAAUAAGGACAUGGAGGAGGUCGACGAAUCCACCAUCUCCGGCACUCGUCGUCGCUGGAUGUUUUUGGUUUACCUGCUCACGUUCUGGAUUCCCGAUUUCGUUAUAAAAUUCGUUGGUCGGAUGAAGCGAAAGGACGUGCGUGUUGCCUGGCGUGAGAAGCUCGCCAUCAACAUUAUUAUCUGGUUUGCUUGCGGUGUCGCCGUGUUCAUGAUUGUCGGUUUCCCCGGUGUGGUCUGUCCAACUCAAGAUGUCUACAACACUGCAGAACUCAGCAGUCACAACGGCAAGAAUGGGCAAAACUCUUUUGUCGCUAUUAGAGGUGUAGUCUUCAAUCUCGGCAACUUCAUCCCAUCCCACUACCCCAGCAUCGUCCCCGAAAAGUCGUUGCAGAACUAUGCCGGCACAGAUGCCACCAAUCUUUUCCCGGUCCAGGUCUCUGCUUUGUGCCAGGGUACCACCGGAAAAGUUGAUCCUAGCGUUCCACUUGACUACCGAUCAAACUUGAACGAUUCUGCAGAGACAACCUCCAGUACUACUUUCGAUGUCAACGCCAAGUAUCACGAUUUCCGCUAUUGGACCAACGACUCUCGGGCCGAUUGGUUCUAUGAGCAAAUGGUUAUGAUGCGCGCAAACUACAAAAAGGGAUACAUUGGAUAUACGAAUACAGCUAUGAAGAAGUUGGCCACCGAUGAUUCCAAGAACGUCGCGAGCAUCAAUGGGAAGAUUUACGACAUGACUUAUUACAUCGCUGGGCCUCGUGUGGCCCGCUUCCCUACCGGGAAGAAUGGCAGCAAUGUCGAUACCGACUACAUGGACCCUCUGGUUGUCGAUCUAUUCCAAGGACGCUCUGGUCAGGACGUGACCAAGUACUGGGAUAACUUGGACUUUGAUACCGCGCUCCGCUCCAGAAUGCAGCUUUGUCUCGACAACUUGUUCUUCAUCGGCAAGGUCGAUACUCGAGACUCCGUCCGCUGUCAGUUUGCGCGAUACUUCAUUCUUGCCAUCUCUAUCAUGCUGUGUUCCAUCAUUCUAUUCAAGUUUUUGGCUGCUCUCCAAUUCGGAAAGAAAAACCUUCCGGAGGACUUGGACAAAUUCAUCAUUUGCCAGGUGCCGGCCUAUACCGAAGACGAAGAAUCUCUGCGCCGUGCCAUGGACUCCAUGGCUCGUAUGCGUUACGAUGACAAGCGCAAGCUUUUGCUGGUCAUUUGCGACGGUAUGAUUAUCGGACAAGGCAACGACCGCCCUACUCCCCGCAUCGUCCUUGACAUUCUGGGUGUUCCUGAAUCCGUGGACCCCGAGCCUCUCAGCUUUGAGAGUCUGGGCGAGGGUAUGAAGCAGCACAACAUGGCAAAGAUUUAUUCCGGUCUAUAUGAGGUCCAGGGUCACAUUGUUCCUUUCCUCGUCGUCGUGAAGGUUGGAAAGCCUUCCGAAGUGUCCCGCCCUGGUAACCGUGGAAAGCGUGAUUCUCAGAUGGUUCUUAUGCGCUUCCUCAACCGUGUCCACUACAACCUGCCUAUGAGCCCCAUGGAGCUUGAGAUGCACCAUCACAUUCGCAAUAUCAUUGGUGUCAAUCCAAUGUUCUACGAAUACAUUCUACAGGUUGAUGCUGAUACUAUGGUUGCCCCGGAUGCUGGUACUCGUUUCGUCUCAGCGUUCAUCUCGGAUACUCGUCUCAUUGGUGUCUGUGGAGAAACUUCCUUGUCCAAUGCAAAGACCUCUAUCGUGACCAUGAUCCAAGUUUACGAAUACUACAUCUCCCACAACCUGACCAAGGCCUUUGAGAGUUUGUUCGGAUCCGUCACUUGUCUGCCCGGUUGUUUCAGUAUGUACCGUGUCCGUGCAGCGGAUGGAGGAAAGCCGCUCUUCGUCAGCAAGGAUGUGGUUGAUGCCUACUCCGAGAUCCGUGUCGAUACUCUCCACAUGAAGAACUUGCUCCACCUUGGUGAGGAUCGUUAUUUGACGACCCUGCUCAUCAAGUUCCACCCCAAGUACAAGACCAAGUAUAUCUUCCGUUCCCACGCCUGGACCGUCGCACCAGAAAGCUUCGCAGUCUUCCUUUCCCAGCGUCGCCGAUGGAUUAACUCUACUGUGCACAACUUGAUGGAGCUCAUUCCUCUCGACCAGCUGUGUGGUUUCUGCUGUUUCAGUAUGCGUUUCAUAGUCCUCAUGGAUCUUCUCAUGACCAUUAUUCAGCCUGUCACCGUCGCCUAUAUCGUCUAUCUGAUUUACUGGUGUGUCAGUGAACCAGACGUGCUCCCUAUCACGUCUUUCAUUCUCCUCGGUGUCAUCUACGGUCUGCAAGCAUUGAUUUUCAUCAUCCGACGCAAGUGGGAGAUGGUCGGCUGGAUGUUGAUCUACCUCUUGGCCAUCCCUGUCUUCUCUCUUGCCCUACCGCUUUAUUCCUUCUGGAACAUGGACGACUUCUCCUGGGGUAACACGCGUGUCAUCACCGGAGAAAAGGGUCGCAAAGUCGUCAUUUCUGACGAAGGAAAGUUUGACCCCAACUCCAUCCCCAAGAAGAAGCUGUUGGACCACCAGGCCGAGCUCAUGGCCGAUGCCCAAACCUCCCGCGACGACCGAUCCGAGUUCUCCUCUCACUCCUACGGCACCAAGUCGCACGCCUUCCCCCAGUCCGAGUAUGGCUUCCCAGCUUCGCGUCCCCACUCGCAGCUGGACUUGCCUCUUGGCAUGGGCUCUCGUUACUCAGUCGCCCCGUCUGAGAUGAUGAGCCACAUGGACAUGGGCAUGGAAGAUUUCAGCCACCUGCCCCCUGAUGAUGAGAUCCUGGAAGAGAUCCGCCGGAUCUUGGAGACUGGCGACUUGAUGAAGAUCUCCAAGAAGACCGUCAAGCAGGAACUUGAGAGACGUUUCGGUGUCAACCUCGAUGCCAAGCGGCCUUACAUCAACUCCGCCACCGAGGCUGUUCUUUCAGGUGUUCUUUGA